GGGAAAGCACGUGUUCAAGGAGACAUGUGGGGAAAAAGGAAAUUCAAAGGAGAAAUUCAAUACUCCAGAGCAACUCAUCUGAACAGAAUCUUUUUUGCAUGACUCCCCUGAAAGGACACUAGCAAAGAUUUCCUAUUUCAGAAUAGAUUUGUGUUCUAUAAUUCUGGUUGCAAACAACAGAACAGGACUACUUACCUUUCUGGGAAGGCUGCUACUGGAGUCAGGAUUUAGCAGAACUAGCUUUAGAGAGGAUGAAGGUUACACUGUGUAGCAGUUGGAUAUAUCUGCACUCAUGAGAAUAUAGGCCGGCAUUACAGAGUAGCCAGUAGCUUCUGCAAAGCUGUGCCUAGCAAACAAAAUCACUCAACUUAUCUAAUAAACUACUCAGCUCUGGAUGCAGGAGUACAGAAAUAAGGCUGUUUGACACCAACCACUGCUAUCUACUGAAGCAAACCAGAUGCUCUGUCAGACUGGAUCGAGGGGCAGCAGGGGCAGGUGCAUAAAAAGCUCAUUUGAACUAUGGACAGACACCAAGUGGUGAUGGCAAUGUGCCUCCUGACCCAGCACCAGCAGCUGUGAACGCCACAACAGAGUAAAGAUGGAAUAAAAGCUCUUCAGUAAUAAAAAGCUGUUUUCAACGAAGCGAUUAAAGCUGCGGACAGCCUCCCCAAGCUUUAAUGCACGCAGCAGGCGGCUCACGGGCACACUCUGGUGGGCACGGACCGAAUGCAAAUGCACUGAGCACAAACACAUCCAAUGCGACCUCCCCAUGUGUCUCCAGCACAUCCCCGCAUUGGAUAUGCAGUCAAGAGAGGGCACACUUGUUCCUUUCACACUGCAAGAACACAGAACACAUCCAUUCAUUCCUCAGCCCUUGAAGUUCCUGCAUGAAGAAUGGCUACUGGGGCUGCCAAGAACACAAGCCCCCCUUGUGUUUUGUUAUCAACUUUUGGGCCAACAGCACCAGGACCAGGACCAGGCAGUUUCCCCUUCCACCCCCCAUCCUUGGGGCAGCACAGCCAGGCUGCAGGCUGAUGACUGCACUGGAAGAGCUGUUCUGCCCCAAGCAGCUCACUCCAGCUCACACACACCUCCAGCUUCGUGUCAGUAAGCUUUUGUCAGCCACAUAACAAACCAGAUAAGGGAACAGGUUUGUCUAAGAGCUAAAGAGGAAAUAGAUUUAGAUAACAGCUUUCAAGCAAAGGGCAACUGAGGCACUGAGGAACACAGUUCAGCAGGUGCAGUGGGGCAGGUUGAUGGUUGGACUGGAUAAUCUUAGAUGUCAUUUCUAACCUAAAUGACCCUGUGAUUCAAAUAUUAGGAAAUAAAGGCUUUUUUCCCAGGAUGGAACAGUUCACCUCCCACUUAACACAAAGCCAGACUUCCAGGCAGGUUGAAACAAGAGCUGAGCUGCUCUUUCACAGGAGGAGUGCUUUGAAGUGGUUCUUAAGAUAAGACUCUGCAAAUCGGGAAGAGAAAUUGAGUGUAGUUGAUCCCCAAGAGCACCAAUGGGGCUCUCACUGCACUCUGUGACCACAGAAGAGAACGGCAGGCUGAGGGUCAGACCCACGGGAGGCACGGGAUGGAGAUGAGCUGUGCAUGCAGCGCUGCCAGCUGCUCACACACUCUCCAUCCCCAAAUACCUUCAAACCUGCGGUACCCAUCGUAGUCCCCGGAGCACGGCACCUCCACGAACUUGUCGAGCAGCGUCUCCCCGCGUCGGGCCAACACUUCGGCGACUCCAUCCUCAGCGCUGCGGGAGCUCCACGCCAGGAGACCGCCGGACAAUGCGACCACAGCGGCGGCGACGAAGCACACAGCCCACAGCCGCCCACUGCGCUCCCCCUGCGGGUCCGCGUUCCUCAGUGCGCUGCGGGGAGCGGAACAACCAUCACACAACCGUCACACAGCCAUCGCACAGCCAUCAGACGGCCAUCAUUCACCCGCUGCCCCUCAUCCCUCCCUCCCGUACCUGCCCUGCUGCCGCCUCCUCCUCCUCACCGCCGCGGCCGCCAUGACGGAGCGAUGCGCUCGACGUGCCGCGCUCAGGCUGCCGGGUUAGAGCGCAGGGAGGAGCGAGAGCGGCCGGAGCCAUCGAGCGCGAUGCGGCAGCGCCUGGUGCACCUGGACAUGAAGGGCGCUCCGCCCCGCGCCGCGUACCUGGCCGAGGUGAGGGGAGACGGGAGGAUGGAGCGCUCAACCCGGCUCGGUUCGGCCCGCGCUCACCGCCCGUCCGCUGCCCCCCGUCAGGUGCUGCCGCUGCUCCGCGCUAUGGGCGCCACCGGGCUGCUGCUGGAGUACGAGGACGCGUUUCCCUACGCGGCGCCGCUGGAGGCGCUGAGCGCCCCGCACGCCUACAGCUGGACCGAGCUGACGGAGCUGCUGGGCCGCGCCGCGGAGCUGGGGCUGGAGGUGGUGCCGCUGGUGCAGAGCUUCGGGCACAUGGAGUUCGCACUGAAGCACGAGCAGUUCGCGCAUCUCCGCGAGGUGAAGAUGUUCCCCAACGCCCUCAACCCGCACAAGGAGGAGGCGCGGGCUCUUGUCCGAGCCAUGAUCGACCGCGUCAUGGAGCUGCACCGGGACCUGAGGUGGUUCCACAUCGGCUGCGAUGAGGUCUACUACCUUGGUGAAGGAGAGGAGUCCAAGCAGUGGCUGCAACAAGAAGGGAACACGCCAGAGAAGCUGUGCUUAUCCCAUAUAAAAGCAGUUGCAAGUUAUGUGGCUUCAUCUUACCCCACUGUGACUCCCAUCGUGUGGGAUGACAUGCUGAGAGGGAUCAGCGAGGAAACAUUGGCAGAAUCCGGGGUUCCUCAGCUGGUGCAGCCUAUGAUAUGGGACUAUGCAGCAGACCUGGAUGUGGAGGGCAAAGUGCUUCUUAUAGAAAAGUAUCGCAGAUGUGGCUUCUCCAAGGUGUGGUUUGCUAGUGCUUUUAAAGGAGCUACAGGAGUGAAUCAGUCUCUAACACUUAUUGGACACCAUUUAAAAAACAACCUUCAGUGGCUGAAAGUGGCAAGCAGCAUCCCUGCUGAUGUGCUCCAAGGUAUCGCACUGACUGGAUGGCAAAGGUAUGAUCACUUCUCUGUUUUGUGUGAGCUUUUCCCCGUGGCAAUUCCAUCAUUGGCUGUAUGUCUGCAAGCACUGGAGAAUGGUGGCUAUUCUGAAAGGGUUAAAGAAAACGUGGAAAAGCUCCUGGGAAUGUCCAAUCUGGAAUUGGAUACUUUUAUGAGGAGCGUGGGGGCUGCAUCACCUAGAAAUGGACCACAAAUGAAGGGAACUCCAAGUCACUUAAACAUUAGGCACUAUAUUUCAGGCAUUGCACCCUGUAUACUGACAUCUCAGCAGAACUUAAUAUCUGAAUUCAGCUCAAUUCCUGAACUGUAUGUCACAGGCUGGUUCAGUCCCUACCACAGAAAAAGGAAGAUUAUUCAUCCCAUAAUAAUGCAUCACUUUCAGCCAGACGCAGUAAGUCUCCUGUCCAAGUGGAACACUGUGGUGCAAGACCUGCAGGCAGCCAUGGAGCAAGUCUUCCACAAGUGUACUAUAGAGGAGUGGAUGGAGGAGAAUGUCCACCCCAGCUUAGAAAAGCUGCAGCAAGUGGUGGAUGAUUUAGAUAAAGCAAUAAAAGCACAAAAUUAGACAUGU